GGCACUUGCUAUAGUACCUUCUUCAACCAUUUUGUGGGAGUAUCCGUCAAGAGGUUUUCAUUUUGUCAAGGAGGCCAGGUAGACUGGAAUAUGGCACCGCGCAAAGCAGACCGGGAUAUGAUAGAGCACACUUCUUAGCACCGAAACAAAUGAACAUUGAUCUUGCUCUUGGCAUCCCCAAUUGUGCUCGACCAGCAACCGAUCCUGCCAUUCAUUACAGAUCUACGUCUUCUGCAGAUAUACCGAUGACACACGCUGCGACGCGAGACAGCGUCCAAAAAAUUUCGCAUACUAUGUUUAGGAAUUGGGGCUGCAGAACAGACGAACGAUUUUUUAUGUCUUGUUGUUCGAGGGAUCUGUCGUUACUCUGGCACCCAUAACCCUAAGGUCUCCUUUUGUGCAGGGUUGAUCACAGAGACCAAUGGAAUUAAAUCCACUUUGCCAUGAUGUCUCAUCAAGCUAGGACACCAUGUCAGUACUUCCUGCUCUGAGGAUAGUGACCUAGUUGUAAAUGUUUGUAGAGAAGGAAAAGCAUGUAUCUGCUUGUGGUCGGGUGUCCGUGGUGACUAGAGAUUACCGAGGACCACUGGCCGGUCCGCUG